CUCCUCCCUUUUAAAGGGCCCUUCCACGUGCUGGCACAUGCAGGGAAUUAUGCUGGACUUGGAGCCCCUUCUUGCUGCCUCCCCCCACCCCCAAAUUGUCCUCCUGGCCCAAGCAGAAGGAAUCCAUUCACCAGUUAGACAGUGCAGCCUUUGUGAAGCCAUAGUGGAGCCCUGUUUCAUUCAUUUCAGCCCCAUCAGGCAGGAUUAAGGUCCAGGGAUUCAAAUGGUGUGUGGCUGAGAGCUGACUUGGAAAAGAGUUGCAUAACCAAGGGAGGGAAGCACACGGAGGGAUUUGAGCUGCAGCUGUUCCUGAGCACUGGACAGGAGCCAGGUUCUUCCAUGCUUGUAGGUGCUGACGAGCUGAGCCCCAGUGUACAUAUGUGUGCAUGUAUGUGUGUAUAUGCAUGUGCAUGUGUGUGUGUGUGUAGGCUUGCAUGCGCACGCUUGUGAACACUGGGGAAAGAAUGAGGUUUUAAAGUCACCCACUGUCACAGAAAGAACCCUGGCUAAAACUAGAGACUGCAGUCCCGUUUCUGAAUCUGCAAAUUAACUAGCUACAUGCUCUGGAGUGGGGCCCUUAGGCCUUUCAAUUUUCUCCUUUGCAAGGUAAGCCACUUCUGUCCAAGACCUGUUUAAGUUGUGGUUAGAAGAAGGCACCCUGAGUACUGACGUCAGGGCUGCAUUUCUGGUCUCCCACAGAGCCCUGGUGUUACACAAGGGUAAAAAAUAUCUUCCAGGACACUGCCUUAGAACAGAGGGACCGCUGUCUUCUUACGUGUGGCCCCCUGAUCUGCUAAGACCUCUGGCAUCUACAAAGGUGGUUUCGGCACAAGCGUUGCACUGGCUUGUCGUGAGGUUUACAUCAGAGGACGCUGGUUUAGUGCAGCUCAAUGCGUUUUCAGGUAAAUAGGCCAAACCCACCAUACAGCUAGUGCCUGCUGAGGGCCAGACGCCAUGUUAAAGCAUCUUCUGAUGACUCCUAAACAAUACCAUCAGGUCUCCUUUCCACGUCAGAUGGAGAAACUGAGGCUAAAAGCAAUUAAGAAUCAGCCUGAGGGCACAGGUGUUUGGCUACUGGUUAAGGAGCCCAUGUGCCAUGUGAGAGUGCCUGGGUCCAAUGCCUGGCUCCAGCUGCCCGCUAAUACACAUUCUGGGAAGCCAUCCACAUGGGAGACUUGGUCUGAGUUUCUGGAUCCUUGGUUUGUAGUCUUGCCUGUUGGGGGGCAUCUGGGGAAUGAAUCAACACAUGGGAGCUAUCUCUAUGACUCAAACAAAAUAAAUUUUCUUUUGUUAGCAAUAUGGAUUUUAAAAAAAGAAUCAGCCCAAUGUCAUGCAUUAAUUGGUGGUGGUGCUGGGACAGAAGUCCAGUCUCCUGUGUCCCAGGCUCAGACACUUCUCAUUGGUACCUUCAGCCAACAACUCAAUCUGUUCUGUGCACACCCGUUUCCCGGACUUUCCUCUUACAUACAAGCUUAGCCACCCCUCAAGGCCGAGCUCAUGGUUGGGUCUUCCCGUCUCAGUUUUUAUCCUGGGCCUCUGGUUUCCUUGUUAAUACACAUAUCAGUUUCUUUUCCAUGCCUGCAAGAUCACACAAGACUUCACAAGACAGGAGGAAAAAGGGGAAGGUGGGGAAUAGAGGGUAGAGUGUGGAUGAGUGGAAGACGAGUUGAGGGCAUCCCAGACAGAAGGAGGGAAAGGCAGAGAUGUGGGAAGGGCCGGGGUGCUCUUCCAGUUUAGGGAGACCAGGUGCAGGGGGAAGAGAGCACUGGGAAAAACCCUUUUGGUGGGACUGGAAGAGAGAAAGCAACGGGGACCAACACCUCCUGGAGGCUGAUACUGUCAGAACAGGUCUGACACAAAGCCGGGCAUCUUCUGUGUGCACUGGGGCCCCAUGUGUCUUCCUCAGUCAGACUUCACCGGUCUAGGCCUGCCUAGGCCCACAGGCAUAAAGUUCUGGACAAGCUAAAGGAUCCAGCUAGGGCCUGCUUGGCCAGGGAGUAAAGUCUUGGAGUCAUACAAGGAAGGAAGGAAUGAGUCAGCUGAUUGAUCGCUACUUGCACUCAACCUGUGCUCAGAGCCUACUGGCCUCUUGAGUGGGUAAGAUAGAGUGAGAUUAGGGGCAGGGAAGAAGAGGAAAAACGGAAAGUGCCUUCUCUAAGAUCCUGGGACCUACAUAUUGGGACCUUCCUUGGAGCGGGCUGUCUUAAGGAGAGGGGUGACCUCUGCCCUCAAUGUGGCCCUCUCUUGCUUUUGUCCUUGUGGUGGGCCAGGCGAGGUCACAGACUGGGGUGGCUCAGGGGCCCAGGGGAGACGCCUCUGGGGGCCCUGAAACACCAGACUCAUCCCAGGUUCUCUGUGAGCAAGCCUUUGUAGGUACCAGGGAACCUGGCAGGACAGCUUCUGGCCCCGUGGGCUCUCAAGGCCUAGCAAACUUGGGCUGAUUUUCAUCAGCACCCUUGACUGGGGUAAUUUGACUUCCCUUUCUCAGAUGAGGACUCAGAGACAAGAGGGACCUUAUGACUACCCCAGGGUCAGAGCUUGAACAUGGAAAGGCUGGGACUUGAACUCAGAUAGUCUGGCCCUGGAGUUUGUGCUCCUUCUAAUGCCCUCACCACAUUUAGGAAGACCUGCUUCAUCUCCCUGCUUUGCCACGAUAAGACAGCAUUAUAACAGACCUUCUUCAAAGGUCCCUGGUAUAGGCCAGGUGCUGUCUCUAUCUGCCCUGAGCCCAGGCACCCCAAGGGGGGGUGUCUAUGUUUGUUGUCCAUGGCCAAGUUGGGGUGCUUUGCAGAUGGACAGCCUAGACUGCAGAUGGGCCCAGCCAGCCGGCCCAGGACUCACCUGCCCCUGGAUAGCUGCCCACAUACCCUGCAUGUUUGGCCCUGGCCUCUCCGGGCCUGAGGCUGCUGCUAUGGAGGGGGUUCCCUGCCCCCACCCUGAGGCUGGGAUGAAUCAGGAAGCACUAAGCUGCUGAGAGUGGUGGCUGGGUCUCCCCUCCCUAAUCCCCGGCCUGUCCAUGUUUAUCCGAUGGCCUCAGGCAGGGGUGUGUGCAGGGGGGCUGUGAGCAAGUGGGCAGCUUCCAGGCUUGCUGGGCUGGCAGGACGGAGCAGUCCUGGGACAGGGCCCUGCCUGGGGGCCACAGAGGAGCCAGGAGUCAUGUGGGUGGCAGUGGGCAUGCUCGGGCUCCUGGCCCUCAUGGGGCCCCCCCAGGCCCGGGGAUCCUGCCCCUCUCAGUGCAGCUGCAGCCUCCACAUCCUGAGUGAUGGCAGCAAAGCCAGGUAUGGCACCGGGGGUGUGGGAUGGGUGGCCCAGCCCCCGUCACUCUGCCAGCUGGGCUGGGUUGGGAGGGGUUGGAUGUCCAGCAGCUUGUCGGGCCCCCAUAGCCCACCUGAAGCCAUCAGGUAAACAUGGCCAGGUCGGAUGCAGACUGUGGCUGGGUGAGACCUCCAUCUCCCUGUCCUUGGAGACCUGGGGUCCUGUGGGAGUGGUCUGCACUGCAGCAGGGGCCAGCUCUGUCUGGGAGGUACCAGGUACCUUCACGUGGCUGGGGAGGGUGGAGCACAGGUGUACUGGUGGCAGCAAUGCUCACCCCUCUUGAAAGGCCCAGGAAGAUUCCUCCCUUACCUUUUCCCUUUCCUCUCCUUGCUCUCUUCCACCCCACCCGCCCUCCCUGCAUCCCCAGCCUCUUCUUUCAUAUCCCCAGUGUUUUCUACAACUCCACCUGUGAUGAGAUCCCAGCCCCCUCAUGCUCUUCCCUCUCCGGGUCUACUCUGGCCCAGCCUCAGGAGCCUCAUCCUUAACCCCAGAGGCGCCCAUCCCACUGCAAGAUUGCGUCCUCCAUCCUCAGCCUUUGCCUCGACUUCCCCCAUCUGCAGCUGAUCCCCUCUGCUCCUCCUCCCCUUCCCCUGCACCUGCCAAGGCUUCUGAGGUUCUGGGACCUUUGCCCUCUCUUCCCCCAUGGCUCACAUUCUUCCCGUCAGCACUCUUGAAAUCGUCUUUCCUCUAGCUUGUCCUUUAAUGACGUCUACAUUGCCUAUCUUGCUCAAGAACUCUGCCCUGGCUCAGGGCUUUUCCGUCCUCUUCUCAACCUUCUGGAAUUCCAUCUCCCUUCUCUUGCUUGUCUGACAUGGGCAUUGGGCAGAUGCCGGUGGUGUCUGAUGAGGGGAACAGUGUUGCUCAGAGCCACCCUUUCAUGGUUCCUGGCAAGGGUGUUGGCUUGAUUGGGGAUGAGGAGAGGCAGAGGAUGGGGAGGAGCCCCCAGGAAAGGAACAGGAAGAUUUCCAUUUUUGCCUGUGUGUCUGAUGCUCCAAUGCACAUGGAGAGUAAGGAUCUGCUCCCUGAAGGAAGCCAGGCUGAUGCCUCAGCAGUCUGGGGAAUAUCUGGUGACCACGGACAGUGUGAUCAGAGGGACAAAGAGCCUCUUCUAGCCCAAAGCACAGAAUUCAAAAUCACACAGCCUCAGUGAUGGAACUAGUCCUGGAUCCCAGCAGACCAUGGAGCUCCAAGUCACACAACAUCAGCGGUGGAACUAGUCCUGGAUCCCAGCACAGCACGGAGCCCCAAGUCACACAGUGUCAGUGAUGGCACUGGUCCUGAAUCCCAGCAGAGGAUGGAGCUCCAAGUCACACAGCCUCAGUGAUGGAACUGGUCCUGGAUCCCAGCACAGCACGGAGCCCCAAGUCACACAGCCUCACUGGUGGAAUUGGUCCUGGAUCCCAGCAUUCCAACUGCAUUUCCAGAACUCUUCCCAUUUGGGGAUGCUGCCAUGGCAGGGACCAGGGAGAAACUCCAGACAGCAUUGUUUAGGAUGGAAAAUGAAAUUCCAAGAGCAGUUUCUAGGGAUCCUAAUAUUGUCAAUGGCCAUUUCCUCCUCUGAAGUCAGAGCUCUUAAAAUUGGUUCCACUUGCCUGAGAGUCCCAUGGUUUUUGUGCACCAGUACAUCUGCAUGGAUUGUCCUAUGAAGGCUGCGGAGCGGGGUGGGGGGGGGGGCUGAGGUGGCCGGGGUGCAGACCGUGCAAUUUCAUUGUCUCCUGCAUGUCAGGCCUUAGCUCACCCCAUCUCACUAUGGCCUCUCAGAGUCCCAAGCUCAUAUCUGAGCAGCUGAGCAAUCUGCCCUUGCUUCACACUCCUACCAGCACAGAGGGUGUCCCUGUGGGUAUUGGGCUUGCUGGGGAUGCCCUGAUCUGGGCACUUGAACAGAUGUGUCUCCAUGCUGUGUCCAUUUUGCCCCACGAGGAGUUGUGCUGUUGGCUUGUGUAGGGCUCUUACUGGUUUCCUUGAAUUCCUUCCUCAUCCAGGAUAUGUUUUUCCAAUGACCCUUCCUCCCACCUCCAUCCAGAUCUUUCUCCUGGCAACCUCCAGAUCUGUAUUUAAUAUCUGAAGGUAUCAUUGCCUUUAAAGCCUUGCUUCCUUAACUAGAUUAUAGGCUGUAUCAGGACAGGAGCUGUGAGUCUGAUUCUCUUUCACUUAGUAGGGAGUCUCAUGUGUACCUGAGGGAUAGGGGUGCCUUCUGUGAAUACCUUUUACAAGAAGAAGCCAGCCCAGCCCAGCUGCAUUGGAGUGGUGUAAGGGAGUGAAGCUGGCAGAUGCUGGGGGAGUGCGUGUGCUCACCAGGAAAGCCCGACAGCAGCAGUACACCACGGUACUGCGAGACAACAGCCUCCCUCCGUGGGAAUGCAGAUGCCUUCCUGAUGGAGUUCCAGGAACUGUCCCCUCCCCACCUGACCUUAUGUGACUGCGCUACUCUCCUCCAUGGACUGAAACUCAGCGCUGAUGGCAGGCUCCUGGAGAGUGUGGACCACUUCUUGAUGUUUCUCCAUCCACAGCUUUAGACUCGAGCUGAAAGGGACAAGGUUUAAAAAGCCACUGUUUGGGCAGAAGAUGCAUUGCAAGGGGCUAAUGACGGACCCAUUCCACCCACAAUGUCAAUGCGCAAAAAUUUGUGACAGUGCUAAUAGUAUUGGGGUCAUUCAAGAAGGCAGCAUGAUGAGCUUGGAGACUGUGAUCAUGGGCACAUGAAGAAAAGAGAGGUUACAAACAUACUAAAGGACGCACAGCAGCAAGUAUGAACCCAACUGUGGAGGUGCCAAGUCCCAGACUUUAAACAGCUUGAUCAUCUCAUGGUCCCUUUGUGUCAGGAGAAGCUUCCAUCCUUGGCAUGUUUUUUAGAAAAAAAAAAAAAAAGAUGAGGGGCUGGUGUUGUGGUGUAAUAGGUUAAGCCACCUACAUUGCCACCUUCAAUGCCAGCAUCCAAUAUGGGUGCCUGAGUCCCAGCUGCUCCACUUCCAAUCCAGCUCUCUACUAUGGCCUGGGAAAGCACUGGAAGAUGGCCCAAGUCCUUGGGCCCCUGCACCCACGUGGGAGACCCGGAUGGAGUUCCUGGCUCCAGGCUUGGCCUGACCCAGCCCCAGACACUGUGGUCAUUUGGGGAGUGAACCAGCAGAUGAAAGAUCUCUCUCUGUAACUGCCUUCAAAUAAAUAAAAUAAUUUUUUUAUUUGACAGGUAGAGUUAUAGACAGUGAGAGGGAGAAAGGUCUUCCCUCCACUGGUUCAUUCCCCAAAUGGCCACCACAGCCGGCGCUGCACUGAUCUGAAGCCAGGAGCCAGGUGCUUCCUCCUGGUCUCCCAUGCGGGUGCAGGAGCCCAAACACCCUGGCCAUCCUCCACUGCCCUCCUGGGCCACAGCAGAGAGCUGGACCAGAAGAGGAGCAACUGGGACUAGAACACCGUACCCAUAUGGACUCUGGUGCUGCAGGCGGAGGAUUAACCAAGUGAGCCACAGCGCCGGCCCCAAAUAAAAUAAAUCUUUAAAAAAAAUGAUAAAAGCAAAAAUGGCUGCAAAAAAUAUGUAUACCAUUGAACAGAGGAACGCUCUGCACACAUAGAGGCAAUGCAACCAGGCAACAGACUGCAGGACUAAUCACUACCCCUCUGUCUUAGUGCACUGCAGCAGGUGCUGUGGGCUGCAAUGGGACAUGGUCCACGCAUGAAAUCUUGCAGACCAGUGAGGACCAAAUGGCCCUCUUGGGAUCCUGCAAGCAAGAGCCACCGCCCCCCUGCACCACCACCAUGAAAAUGCGAGGCUGCGUGUUCUGGUCGCCCGUCUCCAGAGCCCAGCAUGGUCUGGACACUGGGAUUGGCGUCCUGCGUUCACGCAGACCUGGGGCCAUCAGGGAGGAAGGUGGCCGCGGCCGGGAUUGGGGUGGAAUCCUUGACCUGGCAAAAACCCUUGCUCAAAGAGCGCCCAUUUCUGUGAGCAGGACGGUGGUGUGCAGCGACCCCGACAUGACCCUGCCCCCAGCGUCGGUCCCGCCGGACACCUGCAGACUAUGCCUGGAGCGCACAGCCCUGCGCAGGGUGCCUGGCGAAGCCUUCCGGUCGCUGGGCCGCCUGGAGCAGCUGUGGCUGCCCUACAACGUCCUCAACGAGCUCAGCGCCCUCAUGCUCCGAGGCCUGCGGCGCCUGCGUGAGCUACGGCUGCCUGGGAACCGCCUGGCCGCCUUCCCCUGGGCCGCGCUCAGGGAUGUCCCGGAGCUUCGACUGCUGGACCUGCAGGCCAAUCGCCUCUCCACCGUGCCACCUGAGGCCGCGCGCUUCCUGGGGAACCUCACCUUCCUCGACCUCUCCAGCAACCAGCUGAUGAGGCUACCACAGGAGCUGCUUCUCACCUGGGUUCCCAUGAAGGCUGAGCUCUUCCCGCCGAGCCAUCGCGCCAGACUGGUCCUAGGGCUGCAGGACAACCCCUGGAUGUGUGACUGCCGACUCUAUGACCUGGUUGGACUCCUGGAAGACUGGGCCCCAAAUCUGAUCUUCAUUGAGGCUAGGCUGCGGUGUGCUAGCCCGCGAAGCUUGGCUGGAGUAGCCUUCAGCCAGCUGGAACUGCGAAAGUGCCAGGGACCAGAGCUCCGUCCAGGCGUGGCCAGCAUCAGGUCCCCUUUGGGCAGCACAGUCUUUCUACGUUGUGGGGCCACGGGUGUCCCUGGCCCCGAGAUGAGCUGGAAGAGAGCUAAUGGACGCCCACUCAAUGGCACAGUGCACCAGGAGUUCUCUGGCGACGGCACGAGCUGGACUCUGCUGGGCCUGCCUGAAGUGUCCCACUCGGACUCGGGAGACUACAUCUGCCAGGCCAAGAACUUUCUGGGAGCCACGGAGACCCUCAUCUCCCUGCUGGUCACAGAGCCACAGACUCCCGCAGCACCCAGAGGGAGCCCUGGUGCUCUGUGGGCACGGAUGGGCGAGGGGCCCGAAGCCGCUGCCUACAACAACAAGCUGGUGGCCAGGCACGUGCCCCACCUUGCUGAGUCUGCUGGCCUGGCCGCCACAGAGCCAGGCGUGAAGGAGGAGCUCGGGCUCCAGCACCUCCACCUGGGGGCCCCGGGAGAGCUCUCGGAGGGGCAAGUGGGAUCCCAGACGGUGAGGUCUCUCAAGGUGGUGGGGGACACCUACCACAGCGCGUCCUUGGUGUGGAAGGGCCCCCAGGCUGGGAACACCACGGCCCUAAAUGUCCUCUACGCCGUCUUUGGGCAGCGCAACAUGCGGCGGGUGAUGGUGCCGCCAGGGAAGACUAGCGUCACCAUCGAGGGCCUGGCGCCCAAGACCAAAUACGUAGCCUGCGUGUGCGCGCGGGGCCUGCUGCCCCGGAAGGAGGAGUGCGUCAUCUUCUCCACCGACGAGGUGGUGGACGCCGAGGGCACCCAGCGGCUCAUCAACGUGGUGGUGAUCAGCGUGGCCGCCAUCAUCGCGCUGCCUCCCACGCUACUCGUCUGCUGCGGAGCGCUCCGCAGGCGCUGCCGCAAGUGCCGCUCUGCGCGCUCCACCGAGGCCACGGGCGCCUACGUCAACCUGGAGAGGCUGGGCCACAGCGACGACGGCUCCGAGGAGCUGUCCCGGAACAGCCUUAGCGAAGCCGACAGGCUCCUGUCUGCCCGAUCCAGCCUGGACUCUCAGGCCUUGGGGACCCGAGGGGGCCGACGGCUCAAUGAGUACUUCUGCUGAGGGAGUGGCCCUCCUGCUCCCACACCUGCCAUGUCCAUUCUCCCUUCUCGAUCCUCACGUGCUCCCAGUGACGCCCGAGUGUGUGCUCACCCCGCUCGGGUCUGCUUGCUCAUACUCUCAAAACAACAGCAGUAGCAGCAACAGCUAACACGGAUGAAGCGCUUAAAGAUGUGCCAGCCAGUGUCCUAAGUGCUUUGUAUGCAUACGCUUGUUUAAUUCUCAUAACAACUAUUUGCAGCAGGCUCCACCCUUCUCCCCAUCUCCUGGAGGAAAAAACCAGGGAGGUUAAGUACCUUGCCUGCAUCUAUCGGUUUUUGCUGUGUAACAAAUAAAUACAAACUCUCUGUGGUCUACAGCAUAGAACACUGUCCACACUCGCAGGACUGAUAGAUGACUGGGGAGGCCCUGCUCUGUGUCUGUCAUGUGGGCCCCAGGCUGGAGGGUAGCAGUGGCUACCUGGGGCAGACUUCUGUGUGCUGAGGUCUGAUGCCAUCAGAGGGGAUGAGCACAAUCAUGCAAUGCUUCUUAAGUUCUUGGUUCAGAAUUGACACACUGUCACUUCUGCCCAUGUUGUCUCUGCCAAAGCAAGUCUCAUGGCCAAACCCAGCUUUACUGCGGCAAGGAAGGACACUUCUCCCAUGGAGGUGAAGGUGGAACAGGAAAUAUUUGCUGGACUGGGAUCGAAUCAACUCCAUUGCCCACAGUAUACAGCCAAGGAUGGCAGCUCCGGAAUUUGGACCAGGCAAUUGGGCUUCACUGUUUAUAGUCCCACCACACUCCUCUACUGCCUUUAUAUUACAUGAAUACUAGUUCGCAGGCGCUCCCACACAAGCCUGGCUAUGCAUUUGUUGUAUUUGUAAUCACACUCACACAUACAUACACAUAAACACACUGUGCCCUCAUUGAAUUCUAACUUCUAUUCUCUGGAGACUAGCUAGAGAUAAUCAUUUGAUUUUUCAAUAAAGUCUAGAGAUUUGGGUGAUGCCCAAGGGACCACUGUUCAUUUGCUCUCCGAAUGUCAGGCUGGAGGGAUCUGAGAGACCUUUGGUGGUGGAUGGGUGGGGCCUUGUCACACACAGUGAUGUCUGGCACAUGGCUCACCCCUGCCUGUGGAGCAGCCUUUGUGAUUGUUACUGAAGCCCACUUUGAUCUUAGAGGUUGCAAGGUCACUAGGCGAGCCACCUCCACCUCCAAGGCGGAUCCUGUGCAGUCUUGUUAAGGCUGGGAAUCCACUGAGGUGUUGCAUAGGAGAAAAGGAACAUUCUCAGAGGAAGGCUCUGUUUGUUCUAUGUCUGCUGGGCUGAGCACAGGUAAGAGUAGCAUCCAGGGUACCUGGUUCCAAGUCUGUAUGGGUAACAACUGUGGACAUUCUGACACACAAGAGAAUUAUUUUACUAGUGUCAGUCAGGAGCCUCCAUAUCAUGUUGACUGUUAACGGGAAGUAAACCAGUGUGAUUCUGUGAUUUCUAAAGUUAGUAUAUUCCAUGUCACAUCUCACAUUUAUGAAAAUCAUGGCAAUGUACUUCCCCUAGUUUUCUCACAGCUGUUGUAUUUGUCACUCUGCAGUGGAGGCUGGGCUAUUUGAUUUUACAGAUGUGAAAUUGAGGACCAAAGAGUUGAAGAAUUUAUGCAGGUGAGUGUUGGGCUACUUUUUGGAAUCCAGAUCUUGGACAACUUUCUGGCUGGACUCAGGGUCUGUGUUCAGUAUUGAUCUCUGAAAUGCAGCCCACAGCAGGUUCACUAUGGACAUGGAUUAUUUUUGAGCCACUGGGACCAGAACCAUGAGAACACCUACACAUGUGAACUUGGAGCUUCCAUACCUUGGAAUCCAGCAUCACCUGGAAGGUGCAUCAGACUAUAACUUGUGGGCCAUUGCCAAGGGUAAGAGAAAUUAUUUGGACAUUUAUGAGGAUGUUGUCUACAUAAGGAGUCAGAAAAUUUUCCUAUAAUGAAAGCCACAUGGCAAAUAUUUUAGGCUCUGUUGCUGUAACUCAACUCUGCUCAUGGAAUACAAAAGUAACCAUAAACAAUAUGUUAAACUAAUGUACAUGGCUACGGUCCAGCAAAAUGUUAUUUACAAAAACAGGUGACAGUAUGGAGUGGGCCCAUGGGAUGUGGUUUGCCAACCCCUUAUCUUAGGUUUGUAAAGGCACUUCUGCUCUAUCUUGGGAGUCAAAUAGUAUUGAAUCAUUACUGGUCUUAAGACAACUAAUAUGCAGCCUGUUUUAUUGAACUUUGAAAAAAUUAAGGAAUGUGAAAGCAAGACUUUGUUUGAAUUUGUUCCAUGUUAACUGAGCUAGAGAGGAGGGGUGAGAGGAAACUCAAACUUUCUGAUGAUUUAUUAUCAUCACAGUCUUGCUGGAAAGGCCUCCAAGAUGGUCACCCUCCCAAUACCCAUCUCUCCAGCAUCCUUUAUGUGUUCUGUCUUCCCUGGCUUGCUCUUGAAGGGAAUAAUUAUUCUGGAUUGUAUCACGAGUAUUUCAGGUACCAGGAAAAACAAAAUCUCCUGGCAUAAAAUGAACUAGUGACUGGUUUAUACAUUAGUCUGUUAGUCUAUGAAUUUGAUUAGUGCGAGUCAGUCCCUGAAAAUCAACUGCCCUCUGAGUGUCAGGGCGAUAGGAUUUCUGGUGUUCCUGAGCUGAAGCCAGCCUGGACCAUGAUGGUAUGCUGGUCCCACAGCAUACCACCCUUGAGGUUGGUUGGAAUCAUGACCUCAUCAAGUCUUUUUCUGACUAUGACAUGGUUGUAUUCCUGUUGUCGAGGUGGAGGGUAGAUCAGUUACCUGCAGUUGCUUGUCUAAGUGCAAAAAGGCACAGAGCAGAAAUUGUGUCCUGGAAAGUGGAUGUAGGCUAGCAGUCAAAUGGCUCCAAGGGCCCCUUGUUCAGUGGACAAGAGCUGGAAAUUUUUACUUUAUCCAUUGUAUUGUCUAGAAAGACAGCAAUCAACUGACAAGCACUUGGGCUUGUUUUAUUUAGUUGCAAGAGUCUUGUGGUCAGAAUAGGUUAGGCUUAUGCUUUAAGUUUCAGUGGCUUAACACGAAAAAGUGCAUCUCUGCUCUUAGAGUCUACUUGAGUUGGUAGGAGAUAUGGAGGGAGGGAGGGUCCUUACUCACCUGCUCAGGGACCCAGGCUAAUGAGGGCUGCACCCUCUGGAGUGUCAACAGUUGGUGCAAGCAGGAAAAAGAGAAACUGGAGGAUCAUGUCGGGACUUUUCUAAGGUCAUUUCCAUAUCACCUUUCUUUAGCUGGGCAGGAGUGAGGGGCCUGACAAUUCUAAGGGGGCUUGGAAGUACUGUCUUCUGUGUGUUUCCCACAGGUGCCUGCAGGGUGUGGGAGCCCAGGGCCCAUCUCAGAUGUGGGUGGUAGCACAUGGAGGGGUGAGAAGAGGCCGGAGCAUGAGUGAAAGGGAGGGUAGUGUGUCUGCUCCUUGAUGAAUUGCCCAGUUCUCUCCCUGAGUUAUGCUGAAGUUCUGCUAAGACUGGAGAAGGGAGUGGCAUUUUCCAAUUGUAUAAACAGAAUUCUUUCUUAUUAGAGUUGUAGUAAGACAAACGGGGGAGCUGCCUCCAGCAACCACUCACACCAAACUAUUUCAAAAGCACAGAGUACCUCAUCUCCUAUGGCUCUGUCUCUACCAAGAACUCUAAGGGCCAAGUUUGUAAAAGCAUCCUGCAGAGGAGAAAAGGGGACAAUAUUCUCCCUCUCUGUCUCUCUGUCUUUGUCUCUCUGUCUUUCUCUCUCUCUCUCUCUCUCUCUCUCUCUCUCUCACACACACACACACACACACACACACCCCUGGUUGUUGGAGUUCUUGGGUUUAGCCCUUAACCUCAGGUUAACUUAGUGAAAUGACAUGACUCAAGCUAACCUUAAUUAUGCUAAUUUCCUGCCUUAAGCCCCAGCCUAAGUACCCUUUAUGCCCUUGUGCCACAUAAGGAAAUCAGAGGAUGGGGAGUCAAGAGAGAAGAAGAGGUCCAGAGAUAGCCAGUAGUUGUUCUUUUUUUUUAAAGAUUUAUAUAUUUAUUAGAAAUUUAGGCUGAGAGAGAGAGAGAGGGAGAGAGAGAGAGGGACAGAUAUCUUCCAUCCAUUGGUUCACUCCCUAGAUGGCUGCAAUGGUUGGAGGCUGGGCCAGGCCAAAGCCAGGAGCCAAGAGCUUCUUCAAGAUCUUCCACGUGGGCACACAGGGGCCCAAGCACUUGAAUCAUCCUCUGUUGUUUUCCUAAGGCAUUAUCAGGGAGCUGGAUUGAAGUGGAACAGCUGAGACUUGAACUGGCGCCCGUGUGGGAUGCUGGCAUUGCAGGCGGCAGCUUUACCUGCUAUGCCACAAUGCCAUCCCCCGAGUUGUUGUUCAUCAUGAGCCUCUGGAAAGUUGAGAACUGGAUUCAUUUGAAAAGGUUGGCAUGGGAUGGACAGAGAGAAAAUUGUAGGGGAGAAAGCCUCUGUAAGUGUUUGUAUUUUGGGGGAAGGGGAAGGAAAGGAAUUCACAGUGCUUAGUGAUAUCUGUAGGUAGAACACAAUAAUUCCAUGGAGCAAGCCUGACAACGUGGCAAACUUGGCAGAAGACCCUGGAAUAAAGAGUGCUCAUCAGAGUUGUUCCCAUCAGGCCAGACUGGCCAGGCCCUGUUGCCCUCCCCACCCUCAGGCACUGGAUGUGGCCUGCCUUGGAAAGGGCAUGGCUAGUGCCUACUUCUUGCUGCCACAAUCUGUGUGCUCACAGAAUUCUUGUUUUGUGGGUUUACCUCCAUAGGAACUCCAAAGAUCUACCCGGAUUGUAGGGGAACUCGAGCAAACAGAUCUGGAGAGGGUGGAAAGCCUGGUGGGUAAUCAGCUUAGUUGGUGACCCACUUCCCCCCUCACUGGUUGGCUACUAAGCGGAUUUUAUUCACUGAGGCCCUUUGUAGAGUAUAAUGUAUAUCAUGAGCUUCAGGAACCCAUGAAUUUCAAUAUUCAUUUGGAAGUGCCCCCAGUGUUUCUGGUCUUGAAGAAUCUGUUGGCAUGGGAGGUGAAUUCUUAGGCUUCUACUGUAUGCUGGGUGUUCUUAUUUUAUGUCAUCUUAAACUUUCUGAGAAACACUGUGAAGUUUUAUUAAUAUCCUCACUUUGUGAAGGAGAAACAGGCUCACCAGGUGGGCAUUGUGGUGCAGUGGUUUAAGCUGCCACGUGGGACACUCAUCUCCCUUAUUGGGGUGCCAGACUGAGUUCCACCACCUCAGCUUCUGAUCCAGCUUUCUGCUGAUGCAUGCUGGGAGGCAGCAGGUGAUAGCUCAAGUGCUUGGGCCCCCUGACAUCAACAGGAGAGACCCAAAUGGAAUUCCAGGCUUGUAGCUUCAACCUAGCCUGACCCUGGCUAUUGUGGGCAUUUCGGGAAUGAACCAGAGGGUUGAAGAUCUCUCUCUUGCUCUGUAUUUCAAAUGGAUGUGAAUAGAAACUGAGGCUCACAGAAGUUAAAUGACAACCCUAAGCUAUCAAGAUUUGGGAGCAUAAGCAAGAAAGAAGAAGCAGGGUCUGUAUCAGUUUCGCUCACCCCUGCAUUCCUUGUGCUUAGCAAGUAUGUGGCUCAGAGCAAGUAUCCAGCAUCACACGUAUCUUUUGUAUGCAUGUCUUUCCUUUUUGUGGUGUGAAAUACACAGCAUUCAGGAAAAAUCCAAGCAAAGAAAAAAGCUCUGGUUUCAUCAGAAAAUGCCAUCUGUAUUUGAAACUGCUCCAUAGGCCUCUCUGACUCUGGUCAUCCAAGCUGCAGGUGCAGCUGUCUUGAUGCAGAAGAAGCAGAGCUAUACCAUGUGAGGUGUUGGGGAAGAACAAGUGAUAGCAAUGGUCACAGAGUUAAUUGUAAGUCAUCAUCUGCUUUCGCUUUGAGAAGAUGACUGGAAAUGCAGGUGCCAGGAGCCAGUUGUGCAUGAUGACGUAUCAGGUGGACUCUGGACAAGUAUUCUGUACUGUGGUGUUCAGUAUAGCAUUACUUGGUUAUUUCUCUGACUUCUUUAUAAGAGACUGAGAACCAGGGUGCAACUGGACAUCUGACUUAGAGCUUGCUUUCCUGACUCAUGAACCAGAAAAAGUGGCUGGCAUUGUGCUUCAGCAGGCGAAGCCACUGCUUUCAAUACUGGCAUCCCACAUCAGGGUGCUGGUUCAAGCCCUGGCUACUCUGCUUCCAGUCCAUCUUUCUGCCAUUGCAUCUGGGAAGGUAGUGGAAGAUGAUCAAAAUAUUUGAGCCCCUGCCACCCAUGUGGGAAACUAUAAUGCAGUUCCCAGCUCCUGCCUCAGCUUGGGCCAGACGUGGCCGUUGCAGCCCUUUGGAGGAGUGAUCUAGCAGAUGGAAGAUCGUUUUCUGUCUCUCCCUCCUUUCUCUCUCUCUCUCUCAUUCUCUCAUUCUUCCUUUUAGACAAAUAAAUAAAUCUUUUAGAAAAGAAUCAGACGAAGGGUGAAUUUUGUAGUCUUACUUAGGAGACAUAGCUCCCUCUGCAUGCAUUUCUUUUGAGCUUGUGAUCUGGGCCAUCACAAUCCUCAGAGCCUCCCAGGGCUUUGCCACAGCUGUGCUGACCUACAUCCCCAGGGAUUAUUCAUAAUAGGAUUCGCUACUCAGAAGCUGGGGCUAAACUUACUCAAAAUACACAAGGUAGUUUCUUAUGGAGAAAUAUGGCCUCAGUGUUUCGUGACUUCCUGAUGGUUCUUGUCUUGUUGGAUAUACAAGCAGCCCAGCCUUUCUGUCUGCGAGGAUGCACCUGCUCAGAGGAGAGUUUUGGCAGGUGCGCUGUGUGGGCAAGAUGCCAGAGGGUUAAAGGGGCUGGGAAUUCCUUGGGGAUGAUGUAGAGUGGAAGCAGGCCUAGAAUUGGUGGGAAAUCAGCAAAGUACCUAUGAGGGCCCUUCCAGUCAUUGCUGGAUUUUAGUAAACUGUUCAUUUUUAUCAAAAAGGGCCUGACCCUUUUAUCUCAAGUGAAUAUUUUUUCAUCUGAUUUGCAUGUCUAAUGCCAGGAACAGCCGGAUCCGCUUCUCAGCUCCUUGAUGUUCUUCUGAAAGCUUUUUUGGUUUCUUGUACAGGACUCUGCAGUGCAUCUCUGUCUCUUUGAGUGAGCUCCCAGGGAACCUUCCUGAAGAGUUCAAGCGAGUGAGAAUUGAAAACUCCCCCUUAUUUGAAUUGC